UCCACUUCAGAUUAUUUACUGGGUUCACAGACUUCAUUACUUCUCUUUCUACACAAAUCAGAAGAUGAUCUGGAAUUAUCUGCCAUCAAGCGCUUGUGUUUUGUAACGCGUCCGCACCAUCUGAGCGCCGUCUCUUUAUGCGACUCGGUGCGAGGCUUUGAACGAUGCCGUCUCCCGUCAGCGCAUUUCUCCAGCUUUUCCUUGUGCUGCUUUUAAUUAUGAAUCUCUUCACGGGCGCCGACGCCUUCGAGCCCAGAGCCAAACGUAAGAGGAUUUCGGAGAACAAGUACAGUGAAGACCUGUGGCAUCAAGAACACCACGAGAGGCCACACAGGAGGCCAGGAGUGGCCAGGAAAGAUAGGACUCGUGGUGGGGCGCCAUCUUUUACGGCCGGAGAGGAUGUAGGACAGUCGGGGGACACCGGUCACCUGAGCGCUCGGAAGCAAGAAGGGUUUCAAAGUUUCCAAUUUCCUUACGAGAGAGAAAAUCAACCACCGGAGAUUCACUCCAAGGGACGGAAACACAAAGAGCAAAGAAGGGUCAACCACAAGACCAAACACCAUAGAGGCCGAGGCUUUGAAGCCGAGCCCAGUGGCCUCCUGAAAGAAGAUUUAAGCCUCCGAGAUCCCACCCAGCCCAUUCACGCUGAGAUGUCCCCCGCCGUGUCAGCCACCAGACCGCCAUCGGCCAUCACCAAACCGGUGUAUAUUAACGAGCAGCAGCCCACGGCGGCGGUGGAGACGCCACGCCGCGCCAAGUCCCAUGGAAAGAAGGGAGGAGACGUGAUGCCGACAUUGGACAUGACCUUGUUUGACUGGACGGAUUAUGAAGACAUGAAGCCUGACACUUGGCCAUCGCCAAAAAAAGGUAAACAGCGAGAAAAACUAAAUGCAACCUCAUUGGGCGAAGAAGAACCAUGUGACCAUCACCUGGACUGUCUUCCAGGAUCGUGCUGUGAUUUACGGGAACAUCUCUGCAAUCCGCACAACCGGGGGCUCAAUAACAAGUGUUACGACGACUGCAUGUGCACUGAAGGGCUGCGCUGCUAUGCUAAAUUCCACCGCAAUCAAAGAGUAACCAGGAGGAAAGGACGAUGUGUGGAUCCAGAGUCCAUCAACAAAGAUCACGGAUCAUUUAUUUCUGUCUGAACUGCGACUAAGCGACCCAGGGAGCAGCAUUCGCUGGGACACCUGACAUCCGCCUAUGACCAUGCAGUUAUGUAGAUGGCGUCCUCUAGUGUCAUUCAACGAGAUUGACAAGGACGAAUCUGUACAUUAAAAUUCCAGUUAUUAGGACGUAAAUGACAGCGGCUCAUUCGCAGAUAUCGCUGCACACAUUUCCGACGGGACUGGGCUCUGUAUUCUCAAUCAGGUGUUAAAUAGCUUCUAUGGCAGAGAAAAUGAGACGCUGUCAGCGAAAAAUAAGAGAUUCUGCAGAAAUUUCAAUGAAGAAACCUUCAGAGGCGUCUGGCAAUGUAUAAAGACAUUUCAAUAGUCACCGAGAAUUACUAUAAAAGAGAAAUAGGAUAUAGUGACACCUACUGGUACCGAUGGGUGUUACACCCUAAGAACUGAAAAAUCGUAUACACGUCCUUAUAUGAUCUGCAUUUAUUUUAUUUUUUAUUUUUUUAAAGAAACAGCUCCACUUUUGUCCAUAGGCUAUGACUGGUAUUGCGACUCAGUCCCAUUCCCUUGAAGGCUGCAGUACCCUAUAUGGCCACAUAUAUAGGAGCGGUGCUGUUUUCGGAGAGGAAUUACUGCAGUACUUUAAUUUAAAUCUCAUACGACCUCCUUAUGUCGUCCUGUUCUGUAAGGCUGAAUUCUAUUCAGACAUUCUGUGGCUUAUAUGUUUCUAGAAAGAAAUCAAAGUGGGUUCGACCCAGAUUUUUUAGACUCCUGAAUGGCAAAUAUGCCUAUACAGUAUUGUUGUCUUGUGUUCUUCUGGAUCCUAACUAAUAUUGCAGCCACUACAGCUCUCA